CCCAGCUCUCCCAAACGGGACACAACACUCUCCUGAAAACUUUCAGAGCAAGAACUGAAACUCAAGCUAUGGCCGAGAGACGGAUCCCCUUCAGCUUUAUGCACGGCUCAUCCUGGGACCCUUUCCGGGACUGGUACCAGGGCAGCCGGCUCUUCGACCAAACCUUCGGGAUGCCUCCCUUCUCCGAGGAGAUCCCCACUUUCCCGAGCACGCACUGGCCGGGAUACAUGCGCUCGUUCGGACAGCCGGACAUGGCCUGUCUCAUGCAGAGUCCGGCCCAGAUGCCCAUGUCUCCUCCCGCCGGGAUGCUUCCUCAGAACUACGGCCGGGCCUUCUCCCGACAGCUGAGCUCGGGAAUGUCCGAGAUAAAGCAGACUCAGGACGCCUGGAAGAUCAGCCUGGAUGUCAAUCACUUCGCCCCCGAGGAGCUGACGGUGAAGACCAAAGAUGGAGUGGUGGAGAUCAGCGGCAAACAUGAGGAGAGGAAGGAUGAGCACGGCUUCGUGUCCCGAUGCUUCACCAGGAAAUACACUCUGCCCGCUGGUGUGGACUCGGAGAAGAUCACCUCCAGUCUGUCUCCUGAGGGCGUCCUGACCAUCGAAGCUCCUCUGCCCAAACCUGCAAUCCAGGGCUCAGAAAUCAACAUCCCUGUGAACACCGGCAGCAGCGCAGCGACUGUCAGCACGACAAAGAAACCCUGAGCACUACAACACACACACACACACACACACACACACACACACUGUCUGGUUCGCUAUCUUUGUUGGGACUCUCCAUAGACGUAAUGGUUUUUAUACUGUCCAAACUGUAUAUUCUGUCCACUUACACUAACCAGACCCCUACACACACACACACACACCCACCCACACACACACACACAC